AUGACUUGUUCAUAUAGAGCAUUUGAUGAAUAUGCUGAGAUUGAUAACAAUGUUCGAACACAAGUGACAGAAUCGCUUUCCAAAUUGUGGUUUAGAACUGGCCCAUUCAAGCUAAGCAUUUGCUUGUUAUUCUUCCUGGUGCUUAUGAUAUUGGUACCGAGAUCACUUCAUAUAACUAAAAUCAUAUCCUUCUCACCAGUGCGCAGCUUGUCAUACACAACAAUGAAUUUCAAUAAUUAUGACGCCAUGAAGUACCGCCAGUGGGUUGCUCUUGAUCGGGAUGAGCCGCCAGCGAAUGACUCGAGCAAACUAUCAAUAAUGACAUAUAAUCUUUUGUCAAGGCAUUAUAUAUGGAAGAACGUAUACGACAAGGUGGACAAAUUGCAUUUAGACUGGGAGCGGCACCGUUUCCCUUUAAUUAACAAGACAAUUGAGCAAUUUAGUUGUGAUAUUAUGUGCUUUCAAGAAAUGGAGUAUUACAUAUACAAGACAUUUUGGGGUGAACAGUUCCCCAGUUACAAGUACAAAAGUUUCUACAUUCAAAAGCAAUGUCCACUGAAUUUGAACUUUUUCAAGAAUGAAAAAUUGGAUGGAGUUGGUAUUUUUGUGAAUACGGAAAGAUUUGACGUCAUGGAGCAGCUAAAAAUCAACUACGGUGAAGAAGUUCUAAAGCAGCGAUCCAAAUACAAGUUGACUUCCGAUUGGCUCCAACGGGUCAUCGCUAGGAACACUGUGGCUUUGAUCCUUAAGCUCUAUGACAAACGCACUGACAAAAUAUACUAUGUGUCCAAUACGCAUUUAUAUUGGUCGCCGGAUUACAAUGACGUCAAGGUACUUCAAAUCAAGAUUUUAUUGAAUAAGCUACAGCAAUUUAGAAAGGAACAUGACUCGUCAAUUAUUCUCCUAGGUGAUUUAAACUCCAAUUUUGAUUCAGAUGUGGUCAAUUUGCUUUCUGGACGUACCAUUGAUACCUUAUCGUCGCCCACCUUCAAACAUCGGAAAUAUGGAGUCAAUAACCCAUUAAUUGACCCAGACGGACGAAUCAACAAUCCUUUUAAUCUACGCAACGUCUACCAGAGUCUACAUAGCUCGAAUAAUUUACCAUUUACGAGCUAUGUCACUCGUUUUGCUGAUGUUUUAGACCAUGUGUUUGUAAGUGAUGAUGUUUCGGUUGACAAGUUGUUGGGCCAGGUUGAUCCUGUUUACUGUAAUCUGGAUGAUGUUACCGGGUUCCCCAAUUCCCAAUUCCCCUCUGACCAUAUCCCGUUGGUGGUGGAGGUAUCACACAAAUGA